CUAUCUAAAAAAAUAUCAAUUAUAAAGGACCACGUAGUUAAUUAGAUUUUAUAAUGAUUCAGAUAAUUAGACGAUUGAAUUGGGAACGAGUAAUUUAUUUUUUUUCUUUAUCAAAAUCAAGCUUGCAUAGCAUUAUUCUGAAGAAGAAAGAAGGCCAGGCUUCAAAAAGAUUCACGAAUGGAGAUAAUACGAGCCUGUGGAGGUGGUUUCCAUUGCUGCAAUGCAUUCAAUUUGCUCCAUCCCAUCUCUAUUUCUCAUCCUCCGUUUCGAAUAAGAGCUCCCGCUACUGACUUGAAUCUGUCCAUGAAGCCCAAACUCCAUCGCCGGAAAUCCACUGCGCGGUCACUUCUCGGCGACAGAAAUUCCGAUUUCGCAGCGAAUGUAUCAAAUGCGGACCUAUCAUUGUCAGUAAAGAAGAUGGCAUCGGACAUGUCUGUUGAUAUGAAAGGAACUUCUGUGUUUCUUCUUGGGAUGAAUAGUUCCAUUAAAUCCAACUUGGGGAUGCUUCUUGCUGAUGCAUUGAGAUACCAUUAUAUUGACAGUGAUAGUGUAGUUGAAGAAUCUAUUGGAGGAAAGACUGUCGCUACAUCAAUUCCUCAAAGUAAUGAAGGAUUUCAAGAAGCAGAGACAGAGGUGCUGAGACAGCUGUCAUCUAUGGGCCGACUGGUUGUUUCUGCUGGAAAUGGUGCAGUUCGGUCUGCAACAAAUCUGGGACUUUUACGACAUGGGAUAUCUGUAUGGAUAGAUGUUCCUUUAAAGGUUGUUGCGAGAGAGAUCAUGGAAGAUAAAGUUCAAAUGCCUGCAUUUGAAAUUCCAAUAGCUGGAUCUUAUUCUGAGGUGUUGGCUCAGUUGACUGGCCUUUAUGAAGAAAGGCAGGGUGGAUACGCAACAGCUGACACGACCAUCUCACUCCUGAAAGUGGCUUCGCGAUUGGGUUAUGACAACCUGGAAUCUGUUGGCACAGAACAACUGUGUUUGGAGGUUCUGAAAGAGAUAAGCAAAUUGAUGAGGGUAAAGAAGAUGAUGGAAGAAGCUGGGAGGCCUUUUUAAGUUAUGUGAGUCUUGCUAAUACUUUUCCAUCACUCCAAUGACUUGCUGUAUUUGGUCCUACUGCAACAUUAUGAUGUAGGAAUUCAUUUUUCUAUGACCAAAUUUCAUACCCAAGAUACUUUGUGCUAUGUAUCUCCCAUACGAAAAGCGACGAUGAUUUUGAACUUGGGAUCCGUUUGAUGGGAAUACGGUUGUAAAAAUAUCGAAUCAAUCCAAACAUACACAUUUUGAUUCGAAUUAGAUUAUGUUUUUCUGGACGCAAUCCUUUUGACUGUUUCAUUCUGAGAUAUUUGGCAUCAUCAACAUUAGUAGCCCGCAUGAGUAGCUUAACUGGUUCAAGGAGAGGAUGUCAAACCCGUUGAUCCUAGGGCCGAAUCCCGACGGCGGCAAUGUGGGAGUUCUAUUAUUUGUAAUAGUUCCUUGUGCGCACCGGGCACAUGGCGGCCUCUCUAAGGGUCAGAUUGAGAUCAUACCAUGACUUACUUCCUUCACAAUCCUGUCGAGCCGGAGUGUGAGGGCGCCCGGGAUGGGCGUUCCACCUUUUUUGAGAUGAAAAAUAGCGUUUUUCUAUUAAGCUUAUUCAUUGAAGAAAGAAAUCUCGAAAGUUGAAAUUUAUGGGCGCAGGAAGAGAGAGAAGGACGCAUUUGCCACCACAUGAUGCGUGUCUGUCUGUUACAAAGCAGUCGUCGCCAUAUCGUCAUCUUCUCCAAAUCAAUGACUCGCAUCUAUUCUUUCCGCAUAAUGUACAAGUCUAUGGAGCCCAUAUUGUUAUCAUAUUG